UGCGGUUUCAUGAUUUCAUUCUUUAGGAUGAAGAAUGUAAAGAUAUUACAUUUGCCACUGCUUUUUGUGUUUGUGCACCCCUGCUUUGGGCGCAAAUGCUAAAUGUAAUCUUCGACUGUUAGGACCGGAAAGGAUGCUGCGAGUGGUCCCUCAGACUGUACUCAAUGAGGCCCAGGUCACAAUCUUAGUAGAAGACUCAGCUGCCAUGGACUAUGAGAAACACCAUUUUCUUAUGUACAAGCUACUUGCAGUCGAGAUCGAUACGCCCGAGAGAUUCAGUGCCACAGCAGACAUUAUCAUUCAUCUCCUGGACACAAACGACAACGCUCCCAAAUUCUCCUCAGAUUACUACAUCGCCAGGAUUCCAGAGAAUCCACCUGGUGGCUCCAAUGUGGUGUCGGUCACGGCAGAAGACCCAGACUCAGGACCUUGGGGUGAUGUGAGGUACUCCAUCUACAGAUCAGGCGCUGACUUGUUCCUGAUGCAGCCGACAUCUGGGAUCAUCUACACCCAGCCAUGGGCGAGUCUGGACGCGGAGGUGAGGUCCAAGUAUAACUUCUAUGUAAAGGCAGAGGACACAGAGGGGAAGUACAGCCUGGCGGAGGUCUUUGUGACGGUGUUGGACCUGAAUGACCACCCACCUGCGUUCAAUGACAACUUCCUGGAGAAGACUAUGGUGAUUGGAGCACCAGUGAAAAUAGAGGUAUUUGCGCUACGUCAGAUAAAGUGAAACUCGAGACAGUCGAGAGUCAAGUCAAUACCAUUUGUCUUU